ACGCACACGCCGUACUGUAGUGGUACGGGUACGGAAGUUCCUGGGCGGGCGCUCGGCCCAGCUACCUCUCACGCCUACGCACAGCCAGCACCCAAAACGACAACUUCAGCGUGUUUGCCAUCGAGCUUUGCCUUUGCGAGGCAAACUCUAUCCGACUCUACUGCCGACUACCGCCGCGUUGUAAAACUCAAACGUGUAGCCAAAACUCUCACAACAGCCAUAAUGAAUUCUAAACCUGACGAACCGUCCAAAUACCAACUGCCUAAAGAUGUAGCUUCACUUCAUUAUACCGACUUGCUACCACAUAAUCUAUCUGGUCAGGCUCCUACCAGGGAGUUUUUAUUAAAAGUCGUCGACAUAUUGAUUGACUACAUUAAGGAUACCAACGACAGAGAAGAAAAAGUAUUACACUUUAAGCACCCUGAAGAAAUGUUCAAAUUAUUAAAUUUGGACUUGCCUGACAAAGGGGUGCCUUUACAAGACUUGAUUAAUGACUGUGGCACAACAUUAAAACACCAAGUCAAAACAGGCCACCCAAGAUUUUUCAACCAAUUAUCAUGUGGUCUGGACAUUGUUUCUAUGGCGGGUGAAUGGCUAACAGCAACAGCCAACACUAAUAUGUUCACUUAUGAAAUAGCACCAGUAUUUAUUUUAAUGGAGAGUGUUGUAUUGGCCAAAAUGCGGGAAAUUAUUGGUUGGAAGGGAGGGGAUUCAAUUUUAGCACCAGGAGGUUCAAUAUCUAAUUUAUACGCGUUUCUCGCGGCUCGACACAAAAUGUUUCCUGGCUACAAAGAACAAGGUCUUCAUUCGAUCAAAGGACAACUAGUCAUGUACACAUCAAAUCAAUCUCACUAUUCUGUGAAGAGCUGUGCGUCUGUAUGUGGUCUAGGACAAGAUAACUGCGUCGAUGUACCGUCAGAUGAAAGAGGACGCAUGAUACCGGCAGAACUUGAAAGAUUAAUUUUAGAGAGAAAAUCCAAAGGACACAUACCAUUUUUUGUAACAUGUACAGCGGGUACGACAGUGUUAGGUGCCUUUGAUCCAAUCAAUGAAAUAGCCGACAUAUGUGAAAAAUACAAGCUUUGGCUUCACGUUGAUGCUGCUUGGGGUGGCGGUUUGUUAUUAUCAAGAAAGUACAGACAUCCACGAUUAACCGGAAUCGAGAGAGCAAAUUCGGUAACGUGGAAUCCACACAAAUUGAUGGGCACUCUUUUACAGUGUUCUACCAUUCAUUUCAGAGACAAUGGACUACUAAUAAGCUGCAACCAAAUGAGUGCUGAAUAUCUGUUUAUGCAAGAUAAAUUAUACGAUGUUCGGUAUGACACUGGUGACAAGGUGAUCCAAUGUGGUCGCCACAAUGAUAUUUUCAAACUUUGGCUUCAAUGGCGUGCCAAAGGUACUGAAGGAUUUGAAAAUCAUAUGAAUCAUUUAAUGGAACUAAGUGAAUAUAUGGUAGAAAAAAUUAAAGCAUCACCAGAGAAAUAUUAUUUGAUUCUUGAACCGGAAAUGGUUAACGUCAGCUUUUGGUAUGUGCCUAAACGUCUGCGAAGUAUGCCUCAUUCAUCUAAACGAGUAGAACUCCUAGGACAGAUCACGCCCUUAUUGAAAGGUAAAAUGAUGGAAGCCGGUACUCUGAUGGUUGGCUAUCAGCCCCUUAAUGAACUUCCAAAUUUCUUCAGAAAUAUCAUAUCCAGCGCAGCUGUCACCAAAAAUGACAUAGACUUUUUGCUGUCCGAACUUGACCGGCUGGGACAAGACUUGUAAAUUUCACUUAAAAUCGACGAUUUCCCGCUUGUUUUUUCCCAAAAUUUAGUCUAUUUGUCAAAUUUUAGAAAAUUUCCCAUUUAACUAUUUUUAAUUACUUAUUAUUAUUACUCAGAGAUGUGUUUAGUGAGGGCUCCGGGUGGUAUUAAAUUUUUGCAUAACAAUGUUUAAAUUUUUUCAGUCGUGCAUAACAUUUUUUUCUUUUGCUCAUUAACGUUUUGGCGAUUACCGACACAAAGGAACAUUUUUUGAUGAGCCAAUAAAAGUUUUCAAAAAAAAAGUUGUGAGGCCGGCAAUACAUUAGCACCCGGGCGGCAAAUAUCUGAAUACGUCUCUGUUAUUACUACUAAUAAGUUGAAACACUCCUAUUGACUGGUAAUUAGUGAUGGUAUAACCUAUGUUACCUUAUUGUCGUUUUAUGUCAUAAAAUGGCAAUUGUUACCUAAUGGUAGUAAACCAACACAUUUAUAAAUGAAUUAUUUCUGAAUAUAAGUUAGUCUAUUUUCCUAAGGUUUACUGCCACAUGUAGUUUUAAAAUAAUAUUAUAUUAUAAAAGUCAUGGUUUAUCAAACCCAAAAAGUUAUUGAAAUUACUGUAAUACUUAUUAGCCACUUUGUGGCAUACAUAAAUUUAGGUAUUGUUAUUUGUUGUUGGAUAGUGUGUAACCAAUGAAUAGAACUUAGAUAUCGGUAUAACUGUUUAAUAUCAUUGUAUUGAGAAUAAUUAUUAUCGCUAUCGUUUUUAUAUUGUUCUGUUAAUGAAUUUGUUUGAAAUUUAAACAACAAAUGAUUAAAGACACAGUAAAAGUCACGAACAUGUUUGCAAUAAUAAAUAAUGGUAAUGACAUUACUUCGAUUUAACUUAUAGCAUAGUUGGGGGGGGGGUGAUGAAUUGAGCUCUUCUAAUCGAUUUUAAGUUCUAUAUUUUUCCACUGUUCAUUAACAAUAGUUUCUAUCUUGACCAUAUUGGACAACUAAUUUGAAUAUUCAGGGAACUUGUACUCUCCGUGCCGCCAUUGAGUCCGCCUAUAGCUAAUGUUGAAUGGAACAUAAAUAGUACCUACUGUUGAUUGUAAAUAAUUAAAUACAGUAAUACAUAUAAGCAAUUUAGUUUAUGCUCAAUAAAUAUACGUAUAGCCCAGAGGUUAAAAUUAACUAUAAUUUACUUAAUAUUUCGUGUAAAUAUUAAUAUUACAAUGCCUAAUUAAAAAUAAGUUAGAUAGUUGUAUUCAAAUUGCAUGUUUGAUAUUUAAUAAUUAUUAAAUGUAUAUUAUUUGCACUACACACUAUGCACCGUUUUGUUUAUAUUGCACAAAAUACACGAUUUAAUAUUUACACUAUAUAUUACGCACCUCUUUCUUGAUUAUAUUGCUCAAAAUUAAAUAUUUUAUUAUUUGCAUUACAUACUAUAAUAGUUCAGUCUUCUGGACUGAACUAUUAUAGUCUGGUUCAUUAAAAUGGACUUUAUGCUCGCCAAUAUCUAAAUUAUAAAACUAUGAACAAAGAAAAUAUUAUCUCUUUAAUUAAGCUGACCCUCGGAAUUUACCUCCAAUGCCUUCUUAACCCAAGUCGGCACAUUAUGCACUGUUUUGUUAUUUAAAUUGAACAAAAUGCACUAUUUUGUUGUUUGCACUACACUUAUGCACGAUUUUGUUAUUUAUAUUGCACAAAAUGCACUAUUUUAUUGUCUACACUACACAUUAUGCACGAUUUUGUUAUUUAUAUUGCACAAAAUGCACUAUUUUAUUGUCUGCACUACACAUUAUGCACAAUUUUGUUAUUCAAUAAGAAAUACUUAUAAAAUGCGAAUAUUUGUAUCAAAUUUGUAAAAUAUUAAUAUAUAUAUAUAACCUCUGGGUGAAAAAAAUUCUUAUUGCGGCUAUGUAAUUCAUUAAUCAAAAUCUUCAUUAUAUGUAAAAAACUACUAUAAUUUCUAUGCUUCCAUUUCAAAAUGAUCCCAUUAAGCUUUACCCAUUUAAAUCAAUUUUUAAUCCAUAACCUGAUUUUUCAUUAAAUUACAAUGAUGUAUUCUAUUGAAAUUUAUUUUCAAAAACUUCUGAAUUAAUUGAUUACUUAAUAUAAAAAUAUAUAUGUAUAUGUAAAAUAAAUAAUUAUAAAUUUAACGUAUAUUAACAAAAACUUUCAUAUCAUUUUGUUUAUUAGAAAAUAAUGCGUACAGAUUUUUUAACUCAAUAAUAUAACUAAUAACUCAAUUUUAAUAUUUUAUUUUAUUUCAGCUAAUUUUUUAUUAUAUACAGAAUAACUUAUCUUAAAAUGAAUUAUUUUUAAUUAACAGAAAGUUAUGAUUUUUUAAUAAAAAAUGAAAAAUAUAAACAAAAAUUUGAUAAAAUAAAAUGGUUACACACUCAUAUUAAAUAUUAUAUGUUACAUUAAUAAAUAAGCUUUUAUUUUUAUGUUAUAACAUAAGAAUUGUUAAUAAAUUGUUAUAUUUAGUCUAAACAUACCCAGAUAUUAGUAAUUUUCCAUUAUAUUAUAAAAAACUAUAUUUUAUCAAAUCGGUAUUCAACCGAUUUCAACCUUUUUAACUAUAAAAAAUACUUAACCUGAGUUAUAAAAAAAAAUUUUUUUGCUAGAAAAAUAACGAAUUUUAUUGUUACCUUAUCAAAUUAUUUAAAGAAUGGUUACCGAUUACACAAUUUUAUAUAAUUUGUUGAAAGAACUUGAAAAUAUUAUAUUUAAAAAUAUUUUAUUGAUUAUGUAAGUUUAUUUUUAUCUAUGUUAGCAAACAGUUAUUUAUGCAUUAACCCACAUAAUUUUAGGAUAAUUUAACAUCAUUUUUUGUAAUGACUAUACCUCAGAAUAUUAAUUUUUAAACCUCAACUUUAAAUUACAUUAUCAUUAAUGUUUUUUGAUUUUGUAUUCCUAAUUAUCGUAUUUUGCAUACAUUUUAACUUGUAGGUAGUAAAUCCAUGCGAUAUAUUACAUUAAAAAAGGUUGUAGAAAAUAGUUUAAUGUGUAGUAAGUUAAUGUGUUUGCAAUGAAAAUACAAUAAAAUAAUUACAUAAAUACACAAUAAAACUUUAAAUUGAUA